AACAGUCACCGUUACCAUAUUUAUUAUCAGAGACAGAAAUAUCAUUCAUUGCGUCUUUGAUGUACAUUGGAGCUGUACCAGGUCCGUAUAUGAUAGGAUGGUUGUCUAAUAUCAAAGGAAGGAAGCCUUGCCUUAUACUUGGCGGUGUAGUAUCAAUUUUAGCUUAUACUUUAUUAGCUACAGCUAAUAAUUUAGCUAUGCUGUAUAGUGGAAGAAUCUUCGCCGGUUUCGGAAUUGGUAUAAUAGCUCUGGUCAAUGUGGUUUACAUUGGAGAGAUCGCAUCAACACCAAUCAGAGGAGUUCUUUUGACAGUUGUAGGAUUUUGUACUACACUUGGUACAAUUUUAUCGUUUUCUGUCGGACCAUUCUUCUCUUACCAUGUAUCGGCUUAUGCUGGUCUAAGUUUAGCUGUUAUUUUUACGUUGUCAUCAUUGAUGAUACCGGAAUCUCCGAUUUUUUAUAUAUUAAGAGAUGAUGAAAAUGGACUUGUAAAAAGCUUAUAGAUAUUAGGAAGGUUAGAUGAUAAGCAAAAAUUGUAUGAUGUUAAGAGUGAGUUUAAAUCAGGUGAUACCAAAAUGGAUUGGAUUGAAUUGUUUACAUUAAAAACAAAUAGACG